CCCGGCUUCUCCUCCAGGUUUCAGUUGGCUCGAAUCGACAAGUUCCGAGGCUAGGAUUUGGCGAUUCCUCUUAGAUUAGGGGCCUGUGUCUCUGCGGUGGCUACGACGGCAGAUGAAGAAUCCACGCUCCGAUCCCGCUCCUGGCGCUAGCAGCUCGCAAGGAUCCGGAGAAGCCUUUGCGAGCAUCCAAGGGCGAGAUGCCGCCGGGGUCAGCUCAUGGACAGGUGAAAAGAAGACCAAGUUCCAAACCACUCCUACUCCCAUGGAUCUCGACAAGACUGCACGCCGGGAUGACAGUGAACAGGCUGACAAGCAGAUUGUCCAUGUCAUCGACCAUCAUGAACGGGAACAAGGGGUGGGGCAGAUCGAAGGCUUUGACUGGGACGACGAGAUGGUCAAAGAGGAUCUCGAUUCUUAUUUCAAGCGGUACCAUGGAAUUCCUGAUAAUGACGAUGAUGAGGCUUGGGCUCCCAUGGAUGACCAACAGCUUAAAGAAAUGGAGUUACGGUUCGCCAUAAUCGCAUCAAAGCUCACAAGAUGUUGAAGGGAGAGGAGCUGGUGGGGAGCUCAGAAAGAUGUACCCUCCAGAUACUCUUGAAGAAAACGGGUAUUUUCAGUGGCUUGAGCAUGAUUUUGAAUGGUACUUUGAUCCUGUAUACUGCAACUUUGCUCACUUGGAGGACUACCAGCGCUUAGCUCUUCCUAAUACUGGUGAAUAUAUGCACUGGGAAGAUUACCACAAUACUUGUAGUACACUUCGGAGCGAACAAGAAUUUGUCUAUUUCUUGGAAACUCUAUCAAGUAAAACUAAGUGGUUUAAAAAUUUCCGGAGUGCUGAAUCAAGUGAGCGGAAAAGAAUCGAGCGUGUUGUCUUCUAUCAUGCUGUAAAGAUCGCAAAAGAGUGCACCCAUAUUUUUACAACUUUGCUUCACACUGGCUACUCUGAAUAUUUGUGGAGCAUUAGGUUUGAUAAGACUUGGUAUGAAGACUUUGCUUGUAUCUAUUUUGAGAUUUGGAAACUGAUUGCUAAGCAAAAGAUGAGUUUCAAAGAUGCUUUGGAUCAAGUGAAGGAAAAAGGCAUGUGUUCCUUGUGCCGUUUUGAAUUGGAAGCUGAGCUUGACAAUGACCAACAGUGGUGGCUUGGUCCUGGUCCGAUGACACGUCAUUAUAAUAUCUAUGUGGCUGAAAUUGAUGAAAAUUUAACAGAUGCUGAAGCUUAUAAGUUGGUCAUGGAGGCCGUCUAAAAAUUCGUUCAAAACUCAGGAUUUAUUAUGAUUAUGCCAAAAAGAAGUUGGAUAUUGCAGAAAAAAUCGGCUUGAUCCCCCCACCUCCCACAAAAGAUCAACGUGGCAGUUCAGUUUACAAGGAAGGAGUGUUAUUGACUACUAUAUAACAAGUCGCUAGUUAUUGAUUAAUAUAUAAUUGUAUUUAUGAAUCUCUAUUGUUUCAUAUGAAAUAAAAUAUAAGUGAGGGUAAACUUAAAACUCACAUGCAGAACUAA